CAUCGGACAUCUUGGGCCGCCCCGCACGGAGCGGGCAGCGCCGCCGGGCCCGGGGCGGGAGCGGGAGCGGGAGCAGCCRCCGCCCCCGCGCUGCCCGGCCCGCCCUGGCGCCGGCCGCCUGCCCCCUCCCGCGCCUCCCCCGGGCUGCUCAGAGCAUCCCUCCGCCCCUCUUGCAUUUGUCUUAAUUCUUCUCAGAGACAAGAUGGCAACGCCGGCGGCGGUAAACCCUCCCGAAAUGGCAUCAGACAUUCCUGGCUCAGUGGCCUUGCCAGUGGCUCCCAUGGCGAGUGGGCAGGUGAGGAUGGCAGGAUCCAUGCCUUCCAGAGGAGGAAAGCGGCGCUCUGGAAUGGACUUUGAUGAUGAAGAUGGGGAGGGGCCCAGCAAAUUUUCAAGGGAGAACCACAGUGAGAUYGAGAGGCGCAGGAGGAACAAGAUGACCCAGUACAUCACSGAGCUGUCGGACAUGGUGCCCACGUGCAGCGCCUUGGCUCGGAAACCCGACAAGCUGACCAUUCUUCGCAUGGCUGUUUCCCACAUGAAAUCCAUGAGGGGCACUGGCAACAAAUCUACUGAUGGAGCUUACAAGCCUUCCUUUCUUACAGAACAGGAACUGAAACAUCUUAUCCUGGAGGCUGCAGACGGGUUCCUGUUUGUAGUUGCUGCUGAGACAGGAAGAGUGAUCUACGUAUCAGAUUCUGUGACUCCUGUGCUGAACCAGCCUCAGUCCGAGUGGUUUGGCAGCACUUUGUAUGAACAGGUUCAYCCAGACGACGUGGAAAAGCUGCGAGAGCAACUGUGCACAUCUGAAAACUCUAUGACAGGGCGAAUCCUGGACUUGAAGACUGGGACAGUGAAGAAAGAGGGUCAGCAGUCCUCGAUGAGAAUGUGCAUGGGAUCCAGGCGUUCUUUCAUUUGCAGGAUGAGGUGUGGAAAUGCUCCUCUGGAUCAUUUGCCUCUGAACAGAAUAACCACCAUGAGAAAAAGAUACAGGAAUGGCCUGGGCCCAGUGAAAGAAGGUGAAGCACAGUAUGCUGUUGUCCAYUGCACUGGCUACAUCAAGGCUUGGCCACCAGCAGGAAUGACUAUACCAGAAGAAGAUGCUGAUGUGGGACAAGGUAGUAAAUACUGCCUCGUGGCAAUAGGAAGGCUUCAGGUGACCAGCUCUCCAGUGUGCAUGGACAUGAAUGGCAUGUCUGUCCCCACGGAGUUCCUGUCCAGGCACAACUCUGAUGGAGUCAUCACCUUCGUGGACCCACGGUGCAUCAGUGUCAUUGGCUACCAGCCCCAGGAUCUUCUCGGAAAAGAUAUUUUAGAAUUCUGCCAUCCUGAAGAUCAAAGCCAUUUGCGAGAGAGCUUCCAACAGGUGGUGAAGCUGAAAGGUCAGGUGCUGUCUGUGAUGUAUCGUUUUCGCACCAAAAACCGCGAAUGGAUGCUGAUCAGAACCAGCAGCUUCACAUUCCAGAACCCUUACUCYGAYGAGAUCGAGUACAUCAUCUGCACCAACACCAACGUCAAACAGCUCCAGCAGCAGCAAGCAGAACUCGAAGUACAUCAAAGAGAUGGGCUGUCAUCCUAUGACUUAUCUCAGGUGCCUGUUCCAAGUAUACCAGCCAAUGUUCACGAGGGUGGAAAGUCUGUGGAAAAGCCUGAUGCUAUCUUCUCCCAAGAGAGAGAUCCUAGAUUUGCUGAGAUGUUUGCUGGAAUAACUGCUUCAGAUAAAAAAAUGAUGGCUUCUGCAUCCACAGCAGGAAAUCAGCAGCUUUACUCACAAGGAAGCCCAUUUCAGCCAGGACACUCKGGAAAGACUUUCAGUUCCUCUGUGGUUCACGUGCCUGGUGUCAAUGACAUCCAGUCYUCAUCCUCCAGUGGGCAGAACCUGAGCCAGAUAUCCCGACAGCUGAACCAGGGCCAGGUGGCCUGGACAGGAAAUCGCCCUCCUUUCCCAGGACAGCAAAUUGCAUCUCAGUCUGGCAAGGCUCAGUCGUCUCCCUUUGGAAUUGGGACAAGUCACUCGUACCCAGCAGAUCCCUCGUCCUACAGCCCUCUGUCCAGCCCUGCCACCUCCUCUCCCAGUGGCAACGCCUACUCCAGCCUAGCAAACAGAAGUGCAGCCUUUGCUGAAGGUGGCCAGAGCAGUGGGCAGUUCCAGGGCAGACCAUCUGAAGUGUGGUCGCAGUGGCAGAGCCAGCACCACAACCAGCAGAGCAGUGACCAGCACUCGCACCCCCAGCCCAGCCAGACCGAGGUGUUCCAGGACAUGCUGCCGAUGCCGGGGGAUCCCACACAGGGCACUGGCAAUUACAACAUCGAGGAUUUCGCUGACCUGGGCAUGUUUCCACCCUUCUCUGAGUAGCUCGCGAAGCAGAAAUGGAAGCUCUUCUUCUCCAAGGCCAUUUCAGUGUAAUUUUGGCGCUGCUUUUUCUGUGUUGCAUUUCUGUAGAAGCUACUAAACCAGAAGAUACAUUCCUCAUGUUUCAGAUAGUGGUGUAGAGCUUGCUCUCUCCUCUUUGGGGUGCAUCAGUGCCAGCAGAGGAGCUCCAGCACUGUUAGUGUUUAUUGACAGCUCCAUUUUUUAUUUUUAUUUUAUUGUCAUCUACCUCAGAGAUAAAAAUUUUGCUUGUUUUAAAAAAAAAAAAAAAUCUCUGAGUCUCAACUAUUUGAAUGUGAAUGAUACAUAAUAUUUCCUUUGAAUGGUAAUUUUUCAAUAGAUAACAAAAUAACAAAGACUAACAGAGAAAAGGUAAGGUGGUGUCUCGUUACAGUGCCUACYGCUCAAUUUCGAUGCCUUGCUUUAAGCUUCAGUUUCUGAAAGCAGACACAAUAUUCUGUUUUCUUUGAUUCUUGUAGRUUUUAGGUCACUUUGAAUGUUGAGAUUAAGCAACAUAAUGUAGGCCUCUCUCACCAGGAGAUUCAGCUCUGCCUUUUCUAACUUAAACUUGAAUGUGUGUACAUUUUGGUACUUUCUGUAUAUCUUGUGCUGUAUGAAGUGAUUUCCUGUACUGGUUUCUUUUGCCUUUACAAAGGGUCCAUUCUGGAGUGUACUGAAAAGGUUGAUGAUGUAUGUGAAGGAUUUGAAUAUCGUGGGAGUCUCCAUCACUUCACAUAGGUGUUCUUACUUUUAAUUCAGGUGGUUCUCUGUUCAGAACAAACAUUUACUUACAUAAGCUAUUAGUCUGGUUUUGCACUGAAWUGAGGCCUAUAACCCUGUACAUUUCUCACUGGCUGCUUUAAUUAUUGUUGUUCUCGCUUUCCCAAAAAAUAUUGCCUCUUAAAAAAUGACUGUAAACACAUCCAGAUGGCAUUUUCUAUAUUAGCUGCAUUUCCUUUCUGUGAAGUACUUUUUUAUACUGUGAAACCUCACAUUUUAACAGUGCAGGGUGGUGGCCUGUUACUAGGAAAUCAUUCAAGCUCACUUGCUGCAAGCAGUGAGAUGGUUUUGUAGUGUGUAAUUUUUUUAGAGUGAGUUGGUAAUAGAUAUUGACUGGACUAUUGUCCACUGCAUACACAGUGAUAACUUGAAUUUUUGCUUGGAUUCCCAAGCAAAUGCUUCUGUUAAACCCAGUUAACCCUAUUCUGUUAAAAAUGGGAUUUUCAGCUUACCCAGUUUGGUGAGGACUCGUGCCUGCUCUGAAUGCUUUCCCACAGAGGUAAGUGAACCCCUUCCUCUUGGGCGAGUCACCUGCCCUGUGUCCUGAGCAGAGAUGUGGCAGGAAUCCCUUUGUUCAGUAUUUCAUGUGCACGAUGAGCUGCAGAGGUUGGAUUGUGAGGAUUUUUAUCCUGAUUGUUUCUUGUGGGAUGGGARGAGAAGGAAUGCAGAGGAUGCCCCGAGUUCCUGCGUGUGGAGUAACCUCUGAGGGUGGCUGAUGGUGGCCAAUCUCUGCACAGGGGGAAGGGGCAGCUUCCCUCAGCUUCUGAACAUUCAGGRAMCAUCAGGGACCUGGAAAGGGUCCAGCCCCAGGGCUCAGCCCCAUCCAGAGGRUCCCAUGUGUGCAGCGAUUCUUGGAGCUGAAAGGAUGAGGCUGAGCUUUGUCAUAGCUCCUUUGGAAGCCUGGGCUGUGCCUGUGGGGACCUGGUGCCCAUCAGCAUGGGGAAUCCAUCCAUCCAUCUUUAUGGGAUGCUGUCCUGGGCAGCAGCAGCCCUGCCCCAGCCCGUUCUGGCCACACAGGGUUGGUGUGAGGGUGGCACAGGGACAGGGCUGGCACAGUCUGGUGGUGCUGCUGUCCCUCCUCCCACACCCUCAUGCCGUGUUCAGUAGCCAGGAAGGGUCCUCUCACUGUUCCUCUCACUAAAUUUGGGACCAAUCCUUACCCCACGUGCAGGUGGGGCUAGGGACUGUUUUUUUAGUUUUGUAUGUCUGCAGUUGCAGUACAGGAGAGGCUCAGAUCCCCUGGUCUGUGCUUGCCUCACCAAACCACACUGAGAACAAACAAAACCCUCAUCCCUCCUCCCCAGAGAUGAGGAAAACACCAUCUUAGGUGAGCAAACCRUGUGCUUACACACCUUCUUCUCAACAGAUGGGUGUUUAUUCUCUCCGAGAAUGCUGCUCAGAUGGAACUGGACAGGCAAAGCUCUGCUGCCUCACUAUAAAAUUCCCUGGUGUCUCUGAGAGGUGCCUGGAUGCUGCCCCAGUGACUGACACAGUGCUCARUGUCUGUGCAGGGUUUGAAAAGGGCUGAUCUCGAGGGAGGGAGCAGUUUGUGUCUCUGCACAGAAGAUGCUUGACAUGAUAAAUGUCAGUCCUUCUGAAAUUUUUGUAAAUUUCUCCAUAAAGUGAAUAAUGAAUUGAAAAAAAAAUGCUGUUCCUCUGUUUUAUUUUACCCAACUGCUCGAAG